UUUAGUAGAGAUAUCAGCUGUAGAAGAAAAUGUGCAAAUUAUUCUGAAUGUAUAAUCUCCUCCCACUCGAAUUUCAAAAUGCUCCAUAUGCCUCAUAUUAACCUCAUUUCAGGGGUUAAUAUCGCUCUCAUCUCGUUCGCCAUUAUUCUAAAGGUGUAGUGGGGGAAUAGUGGAGGCUCAUCGGACUCCAUUGAGAGGGAGCAGUGCCCCCGAUCUUGCUUUUAUUUUUUAUGGGCCCGAUUUUCUCCACAUGCCACCUCAGCGAACUCGAAUUUAAUAUUUAUUGGCAGGGGGUCGACGGGGGAGGGUCCGCUGCGUUCCGUUUUCCGUUUCGUUUCGUUUCGUACCGCUGAUAACUUAUCAGUCAGCCGGGUCUCGGAGGCCUUUGCCCGGUGGCCUGAUCAUUUCUAUUCGGAUUCGGAUUUAGUUUCGUAUUUCGGUCGCGGAUCCGAUGGGCUGGCCGCCUACGUCACUGCCAUCGCCCACUGGAGAGCUUCGGAAGCAAAGUUCAGGUUUCUGGGCGUCUAGAGUUCUAGUGGAUUAGAGUGGACCGCAGAAGUGCUCAACGUGAAUGAGGAACUCAAUAAGUUGGACGUCACAUCGUUUAGUUGACGGCACUUUAAGCAAGUCCCAAUUUUUUAGUAGCUCUUUAUAAGUUUUAACUGAUUUUAAAAAAAGGUGACCCCGAGCUAAACUUUUGGAACCGUUAACAAUCGAAUUUUGAGUGGGCUAACCUCUUGUAUAAUGUAAUGUUUGAAAAGAUGUGAAGAGAAUUACCUGGCGUGUUCCUAUGGCACUAGACGACAUUUAUUGGCUAUGCAGGCUAUGUCCGCUCAAAUGAAUCGGGAGUCUAAUAUCUCCGAAUAUCCGACAUCUCCCCGAGCGGGCGGCCUCCCAACAGCCGUUUGUCUGCUCAGUCGAAAUGUGCCGAACUCCGCGAGGAACGAGGUGAAAACAGCAUUCAUUCGGUACGGAAAGUCUAUGAACGAAUUGGCCAGAAGUGCCCGGAAGCUAUAUAAGAAUGCCCGGCUAAGGAGUUUGCCUUUGAGGAAGCCCAUGCGCGGAAAAACCAAUGAUCCUGAUGCAAGACCCCUAAGAGUACCGGUGCCCAGUGCUUGGGCAAUGUCCGAGCGGUAUUAUCCCUCUGGAAAAUUGCUGGCAGAAGAAGAAGCGAUGAGUGUAAUUUUACUUAAGUCUGUAUAUUUGUUUUAUCCAAGUAUAGUUUUCGCUAAAAAUUGUGCAAAAUGUUUAAAUGUGUUAUUUUAUUUUAUUUGCUUUAUCCAAAAAUAUAUUUUCUAAAAACGGUAUAAAUAAUAUUUAUAAAAUUUGGUUUGCUUUUCCGAAAAGUCACAAUUAAAAGAGAGUUCUGUAAUGGGGUCUAAUGAUACAAGUCAGG